GGUUUUGAUCUUGCAGGUUCUCCUUUGUUUGAUUAUCUCUUACAGGCCCCAGACUCUGGACUCAACUCAACUGCUAUGUCAUUAGUUCAGGCCAGCCUUAUAUCCUGGCUCAGCCAAGAGAAGUCUUGGGUUGGGAACUGUGGUUGCUGAGGCCUUGGAGACAGUGUACCCCUGGUCCUUGAUGAGUUCAUGACCGUGGGCUGUGCGCCUUCGAUCACAAGCCUCUGAGCGAUGCACCUCUCUUUGUUUUCCCAGGAGCUAGUGAUAUGUCUGGCAUUCUCAGAUGCGUUCAGUACUGCUUUCUGACGAAUGGAAGAUCUUGGAGGAGAGAAUAUGUACUCGAAGGAGCAGGUGCUGGUAACGUUGGACGACAGAGAUUUGUGGACAAGGUUCCAGGUGCUCACUAACGAGAUGAUCGUCACCAAAAGCGGAAGGCGAAUGUUUCCUGUCGUGAAAGUUACUGUCAGUGGAUUAGAUCCGACAUCAAUGUACACCAUUCUACUUGAAUUUGUGCAAAUUGAACAGCAUAGAUGGAAGUACGUGAAUGGUGAAUGGGUAGCAGGAGGUAAAGCAGAGGCAGCACCAUCCAAUCCUGUCUAUGUACACCCAGAGAGCCCUAACUUUGGAGCACACUGGAUGAAAGAACCGGUGUCAUUUGCUAAGGUCAAACUCACCAAUAAAUGCAAUGGAAAUGGACAGAUAAUGUUGAAUUCGCUACACAAAUAUGAGCCAAGAGUACAUAUAGUCAGAGUUGGGACUGAACAGAGAGUAGUCGUGGCUUAUGCAUUCCCAGAGACACAAUUUAUCGCUGUCACAGCAUACCAGAAUGAAGAAGUGACAUCGUUGAAAAUAAAGUACAACCCUUUUGCCAAGGCUUUCCUUGAUGCUAAGGAAAGACCUGACAACCAACAGCAAAAUAGAGAAUACCAGACACAACAUACACAAUAUGAUAGUUGUUGGUCAGGAGGUGGGUACACAACAUGUGAACGAACCGUGAGAACUCAUCCCAAGCAUUCACCGUACCCGACUCAUGAAUCAAGAAAUUCAUGUGUUCCUUCUCCUCCUGCCAUAACUUAUACCCCUGAAAUGGAGUCACCAGUAUGGGCACAAUAUUACGGUUACCAGGGCCCACAAGCCACCCAGCAGUACUGGUACCAGCCAGAAUUUCUGCCUCUGCACCCUGCUUCAUUCGUUGAAUCAAAACCAUCUGAUAUAAACCAACAACCUGACACUUAGCAAGAAAAUUAUAUUUUGUAAAAUUUGUAAGGUACGAAUUAUAAAUUGUAAAUAUUAUUUUAAACAAAAUAAAUGUCCAUGAAUAUAACUUUAACAACAAUACUCCUCAAUUCUGUAUAUAUUUAAGAAUUUAUGUAACAAAUAUUAGUACAGGAAACUUAAAAAAGCUUUUGUACGUAUACAUUUUUUACAAUG